AUGCCCUUUGGGGAUCUUCAGCUCCUGCUUCUGUUUCCUGGACCAAUUGUUGCUGAAAUCUCCAAACACCUUCACUCCCAUCACCUCCUUCUUAUCCUUUUUCGGCGCGCUAGACGUCAGAUAUCUGAUGAUGCUGAGCAGAAAGGAGAGAAACCUCCAGAGAUCUCAGAUGCUCCUAAAGGUAACACCAGCUCCCAGGCAGAGAACGUGAAGCUGAGUGCUUUGCAGAAAAAGCUGGAAGUUGAGCUGAAGGUGAAGCAUGGAGCAGAGAAUAUGAUCAGAGCAUAUUCAAAUGAUAUUUCCAAAAAUGUUGCACAUCUUGCUGCUGUCCAGGAAAAACUUCAAAACUGUGAGAAAAACAUAGACAGUCUGCGCAUUCUAAUCAGUUCUCUAAUUAAAGAAGAAACAUUGUUACCAGCUCCGGAGACGGACAUUAAUACUGCUGCUCCUUCGCUGUUGGUGACAGACACACAGGAGCCAGAGUCAGCUGGCGAUUUUGAAAUCAUUUCUUUAACACUGGAUGUGGAACUUGACUUAGAGGCGCCUCCUGCUUCAAGUCAAAACGUUUUACAUGUCGUUCAGCGUGAGAUUUCAGCUUAUACUGCGAUACAGAAUAUACUGGCUCAGCGCGCUAGACGCCAGAUAUCUGAUAAUGCUGAUCAGAAAGGAGAGAAACUUCCAGAAGAAACAUCGUUACCAGCUCCGGAGGCGGACAUUAAUACAGUUGCUCCUUCGCUUUUGGUGACAGACACACAGGAGCCAGAGCUGGCUGGCGAUAUUCCAAUCUUCCCCAAGGAACCAAUUAUACUACCGGAUGUGGAACAUGACUUAAAGGCGCUUCCUGCUCCAAGUCAGGCAUGUUUAAUAGGAUUUCAGCAUGAGAUUUCAGUGUGUAUUGAGGUCCCGGAUAUGUUGGGUCAGGAUUUCGGAGACCACGAAUAUACUGGUGGUAUUACAAACCCAACACCAGACGUAAUAAAUGAGUCUGAUAGAACAGAUUCCCCUCUACAUAACAGUGACCAUAAAUCUUCCGAAACAUCUGAGGACUUAUGUAUUCGGCUCCGGCUUCCUCUCAGCAUGCAGGACUUCCAGUUCCGCUCUGUGUUGGGUAGAGGGGGCUUCGGAAAAGUUCUGCUGGCAAAGUACAAGAAUACAGAUAAUAUGUAUGCCCUGAAAGUUAUAAGAAAAGGAGAAUUAGAGACAUACCCUGCGCUCAAUAGCCUUCUGUCUGAGAAGCGGAUAUUUCAAAUUGUGACCAAAAGGCAUCACCCAUUUUUAAUUAGCUUGUUUGGGUGUUUCCACACUCGAGAUCACGCCUGUUUCGCAAUGGAAUACGCUGCUGGGGGCGACCUAGGAGCAAACCUCAAGAACAACCAGAGUCCUUUUCCAGAACCCAGAGCUAUAUUUUAUUCUGCAUGUGUCGUCCUGGGACUGGAGUUCUUACAUGAACAGAAAAUCAUCCACAGAGACCUAAAAUUAGAAAAUAUUGUACUAGAUGAAAAGGGAUUUGCAAAAAUUACCGACUAUGGUCUUUGUAAAAAAGGAAUCGGAUACGGAGACACAACAAAGUCUCUUUGCGGAACACCAGAUUACUCAGCUCCUGAAAUCUUAAAGUACAAGCCAUACACAAGAGCUGUAGACUGGUGGAGUCUUGGAGUAGUCAUUUAUGUAAUGCUAUCUGGAGAGUUCCCUUUUGUAGGCCGUGAUGAAGAGAAGCUGUCUGCUACUAUCACCAGAGGAAAGUUCAAAUAUCCAAAGUCUCUGUCCAGAAACGCCAAAUCCAUAAUAGGCCAGCUUCUCACUAAAAAAUUAAAGGCACGACUUGGAGCCAGUGAGAAAGGCGCACAAGAUGUUAAAGAGCACCAUUUUUUCGAACACAUAGAUUGGGCUGCAUUGUUAUUACAGAAUGUGACGCCUCCAUUUGUGCCAGCCAUUAAAGGAACUGAAGAUGUCAGCUAUUUUAGUAACAUGUUCACCAAAGAAGAUCCUGUUUUAACUCCUACAGAAGGGCGACCUGCAAUAACGUCCUUUGAGGUGGUGGCAUUUCAGGAUUUUAAUUGGAGGGCUGACUGGAGUUAAUUUCAGACAUUGUGUACAGGGCCUCUGAAGUACUUCACCGUAUAGACCUGCGGGGGGAUGGCUAGCAGGUGUUGGAGUUGUGGGGAGGAAGUCGGCACGGGUCUCCAUAUUUGGUGGACAUGCCCUAUUAUUGAAGUCUGAUUCAUUCAAAAAUAACAGAAAUAAUUGACACUGACCUUCCAUUCCAGCCCCCUACCAAUGCUAUUUCACCACACGAAAGCUCCAUUGUCCCCAAAAAUUUUU